AGAACAUGGCUGAGAGUCGGCGCGUGCGCCGUCUCUGGCGUUUUGCUGGCACUGCUGAUCUACGUGCCGUUGGUACCCUUUCCAUCAUCUUGGUGCGCGACGGGAGUCAUCGAAGCAGCGAGUGCGCUCUCCUCUGGCAAAAACCCAACGGUGUACGUGGUCACACCGACGUAUCGGCGCGCGAACCAGGCCCCCGACAUGGUGAGGCUGUCACAGGCGCUGAUGCUGGCCAAAGUUCGCGUCUUCUGGGUCGUCGUUGAAGACGCCGAUGGGCCAUCAGCCUUGGUGCGAAACGUAAUGCGCCGCUCAGGACUGCCUGGCGUUCAGCUGUCCAGUCGUACUCCGCCGCAGUAUCGCCGACAAAAGUACGGCAAAGGCGUUGCUCCUCGGUUGAAGGCAAUAGCAUGGCUGCGAGAGAACGCCGUGUUGCCUUCUGUCCUGUACUUCGCCGACGAUGACAACUCAUACGACCACCUCCUAUUCGCCCAGGUACAUAUGCCAUUUGUUCUGUGGGUAAAUCUAAGACGUCUGGCACCCCUGCCUACACUUCUCAACGCACACGCACGGCGAUUACAUUCAUGA